AUGAACGGACAGCAGACCACGGGCAAUGCUGGCGCUGGCGCCGACGUCUCUGCCGAGGAGGCUCGCCUCAAGGAGGCCAUGAAACAGCUCAAGCUCCUCCACGUCAAGUCGCGCCUUCUGAGAGGCACCGUCCCGAAAAUGCUAGACCCUCUUGUUCAGAAGCAGCCGUCUCCCGACGUCAUGUAUGCCGCCUUUUUGAAGGCCGUCAACGAGGCUCAAGCCAACGUGAAAGAAUUCACUGAGCUCAUGCGCGAUGAGAAGAGCAAGGAAGUGUUCGCCAUGGCCGACAAGAGCAAGGAGGAGAACCCAUUCGGUAUCAAGCCCUGGCGCCACCAGGACCAUCCCAACUGGUUCAACUUGGACAAGGACGACUAG